AAGACUUCAAGUACGUAAGAGCGUAGGAAUUCGAUUUUUCAUACCAGUGCAUGGUCGCGGGGCACGUGACGGAACUAACUCUGUGGGGCGGCACCCGUGAUAUGCGGCAGGCCAUUGAGAUCCAUUAGCAGGCGAGACGAUGAAAGAAACACACAGGCGCGGAAGAAAACCACAGCUCUGACAUACAGUCCUUAAUCGGUGGCCGGGCUUUCAAGAUGGCUGGCAAACGGUGUACCCAACAUAAAAACAAUAUAGCACUUAUUCUGAUAUUCAUGUUCUUCUUAUGUUUAGCACUCGCUGCGGGACUUGUUGCACUUUUUACUGAUAGUUGGGUGACUUAUGAAGUGAAAGUGAAUAAAACUGCUGUUUAUAAUUCUAACGUGGACUCUUCUAUGCUCUACCACACACGGAGUAGAGGACUCUUUUGGAUAGUGCUUAAGGAUCCUAAUGUUAAACUUGUAAAAGAUAGAGGGAAUGAUGCCCGUUUUCCAGUCCAAUAUAACCACAAUAAUACAUGUGGACUCAUCGUGUCGGCGGGAUUCUGGGAUUUGUCAGCGAUGAUGAAGGCCAGUGUGUCGCUCCAUCUUGUCUACUUAAUCGUCUUGGGACUGUGUACAUGGUUGGCUGGCUUCGCCCUCUUAUUCGGCAUCCUCAAUCUGAAGCUUUCUGUGAUAAUCCUAGUGCCUGGUGAGGUUGCAGGUAUAAUAGGCAUGGUCCUCUUCCAUUACUACCUCAUGUUCGAGAAGUCUAAUGAUGUCCCAGAGGCGGCUAAUACACUUUAUUACUUUUGGAAUGAGUUUCUCAAAAGCAACACGAAGGAAUACUUCUCCUACUCAUUCAUGCUGCAAUGGAUAUCUGUUGGUAUCAGCCUCAUCACAAUCAUACUGGGAAUCAUUUUCAUUUUGAGGUGGACGGCCAAGGAACCAAAGCCGCACAAACCUCAGCCUCCGCCGAUAACCUAUCACUCCCAUGACAACUAUGCUUAUGGUGGUAAGGAGGAUUUUCAUCGUCAACAGGACAUCCAGUAUCGACCAUCGCCAAUGCCAGAGCGCCGAAACCCAAUGCCAGAGCGCCGGGACCCAAUGCCCGAGCGCCGGGACCCAAUUCCCGGGCGCCGGGACCCAAUGCCAGAGCGCCGAGAAUGGAGUCCGGAAAGACGAGAGCUCUCGCCAACGCAUACACCAGUGCAGCGGUCCUGGGCAAUGAACGGACCUGAUUAUGACGACAGCAGGCGGCGCCAGAAUGACACGCGAUACGAUUAUCGCGAGGUCCAACGAAACGACCGACGAGAUGACUUUAGGGAAUCAAGGCAACAGUAUCAACCGUCAGACCAACCUUUUUAUCCGAGAUAUUAGUUUGAGUUUAAAAAAGCCCUGCAUCAAAGCUUCAAGUGCUGUUAUCGCUCAUUUUCUACAGUUGUCAAAAUUGUCUGUGAUUUGAAUUCGUUCUCUGUGCAAAGUUUGUUAAAAUUUGGUUCAUGUCUGCAAGAGGGGCAUGUUGUCAACCUUCGUUGUCGAGUUUGCUGACCUAAACUGUGGCCAAUGUGGUAAUUUUUGCAAAGCAUGAAGAAAAAAGUCUGUUAGCUUUGUUAUUUGCAGCACACGACACUUAAUGACUGCCGUUAAUAUAUAAAUGUAGGCACCAUUGCGUCAUUUCUUCGGAGUUUAAAAGGUAAUUUCUGCGUAUAGGUAAAAUUUCGCGACCAAGAGCAGUUUACAAUGUAUGGCCGCCCAACAAGCGCCAGGUCCCGAGUUCAAUCUCUGGCUAUUCGGGCUAAAAAAAGGGUGUCUGCGUCCGUCGCAUGUGACAGUAAGCCGUAGUCCGUUGUAUAUGGUGUCCCUGUCAGGGCAAGUAAGACCCCCUCCAUAAAUGAACAAGUGCCCGUGUAGCGGGCACCUAUAUGAAAAAAGCUACCUUAACUGAAAGCCGUAACUGUAAAGAUAUACUCAUAUAUUAGUAGUCUACCAUAAAGAGAUAAAAGUAGUACUCACCCUUAUACAUGUACAUAUACAUGUACGUAUACGCGUACAUGCACAUGUACAUUAAAAAGCAGUCUGCUGACCAGCAUCAUUGUCAAGUCUGGUUACGUUGAACUUGAUCACAAUGGCGUAAGGAUUUAUCAAUUAGAUUAUUCAAAGAACGUAAUAAAAAUGCCGUUUCCUUGGAAAUUAUGGAAUCAUAACCACCUGAUUUCUUAAAAAAACAACAUACCUGUGAGUUUUUAUGCACCGAUAUGCGCUUCACAUAGCUAUUCCUAUUACUUUCAAUAUCCAAGCGCCUCUAUGUACUUGCCUCUGUGCACUCUGUGCACUCUGUGACUUGGCGCCACAGUGUCUUGGCGAAUGGAGAUUGCGUUAAACUGCCCCGAGUUCUAACCGCGAGACUGGGCAUCUAGUUACUGCUUUGAGUGACGACAGGUGAGGCAAUGAGUACUCAUGAUACUGUGAGCAUCAAGAAUAAAUACGACGUAACUUCUUUUCUUGCUGGCUUAAUGAGCAAGAUAAUCAAUUUUAGAAAAGAUUCAUAUUCAUAUUCCAGUGAAUUCGAGUUCGUUCCCGUAAUGAAAUGCGACAGCAAGCUGUUCUGUUCGUGUAUACCAUGGGAGCCACCUAGAAAAUCAAAAUGUCUUUGCACAGACCAGUUCAAUUUUUUUGUAGAUCUACAGACAUGAUUACUUUUAAUUUUGUUUCGUAUGUGGUUCUCCUUGUAAUCAUUUAUACACGUACAUCAUGACCUUUAAAUUAAAGACAUGUAUCCACUCAUGAAGAAAUCAAAAAUUGUAUACAUAUUCAGCAGUGGACUCGAAACGUUAUCAUUAUUUGAAGAAGAAAAAAUUAAGAUAUAGAUAUGUAACUGAACUACACGUACAUGUAAAUAUGAUGUGUGUACAUGUCCAUCUCAUCCAAUGUGCAUCCGGCAUACAUAUCUUGACGAUAGAUUUCAUAAGUAUCUUGUUAUGUUAUUCGAUGAGAUAGUUUGAAAUAAAAUGUAUAUCUUAUGUAAA